AUGUCUGAGAAGGCUGAGGAAAUAUUCGCGCCUGAGGACAUCUCCCACAAUGAAAGUCCUCCGGCCCAUCACGGCAUGAGCCGUAUUGUCGAGAACCAGAUCUCAGAGGAGGUCGACACCUUCAUUGAUCAGAUGGAACACGAUCUCGCGUCCAAUCCAAGACGCGCAAGCUUCUUUCGACCGUCUAUCGACCCUCGAUACUUCACAUGGGUCAUGGUCAUAUUCGCAUCGAUGGGAGGCAUGCUUUUUGGUCUUGACCAGUCCCUCAUUAGCGGUGCUAAUCUGACCAUGCCCGAGGACCUGAACUUGUCUUCUAACCAGCAAAGCCUUGUCAACUCUUUCAUGCCACUUGGCGCUGUGUUCGGCUCAAUCAUACUUGGUCCCGCCAAUGAAUAUUUUGGCCGUAGGGGGGCUCUUAUCCUAUCCAUCGUAUUCUAUACUGUGGGGGCUGCAUUGGAGGCCGGCUCGAUCAACUUUGAUAUGAUGAUUGCAGGCCGCCUAGUUCUGGGACUGGGCAUUGGUAUCGAGGUCGGAACCUGUCCUGUUUAUGUUGCAGAGAGUGUCAACAGACGUGUUCGAGGAAAUCUUGUUUCGCUUUACCAAUUUAACAUCGCCCUUGGAGAAGUCCUUGGAUUCGUCGUCGCCGCCAUUUUCAUCAAGCUUGACAGGAAGUCAUUGGAGGCUUUUGAAAUUUGGAAGCGUAUACGCGGUAUCGAUACUCCCGAAGCGCGAUCUGAGUUCUUCAUCAUGGCGGAAACGGUCAAGGGAGAGCUCAAGCAUGCAGAAGCACGGAAGGCAUCUGGCCGCCCCGCGUGGAUGGACUUCUACUAUAACCCACGCGCCCGGCGUGCCUUCGUCUACUCUAAUACUAUGAUGCUCUUAGGCCAAUUCGUAGGGAUUAACGGCAUUAUGUAUUAUAUGGGCGUUCUCAUGAAGCAAAUAGGUUUCGGUACAACUGACGCAACCUACAUGUCUAUGGUUGGCGGCGGCUCUCUCUUCCUCGGAACAAUUCCCGCUAUUAUGUUUAUGGAGAAGUUUGGCAGACGUUUCUGGGCCAACACUAUGCUGCCCGGCUUCUUUGUUGGACUUGUUAUUAUUUCCGUCAGCUAUAUGGUCUCUCUCGACAAGUAUCCGCAGACUGUCGAGGGCCUGUACAUCACAGGCCUGAUUCUGUACAUGGGUUUCUACGGACCAUAUGCCUGUCUUACGUGGGUAAUACCUGCGGAAGUGUAUCCUACCUACCUCCGCAGCUACGGCAUGAUGUCCUCAGACGCGGCUGUCAAUCUGGGCAACUUCAUCAUCACUUACACCUUCACCGACAUGCAGACAGCAAUGACCAAGCAGGGCCUUACGCUUGGCUUCUUCGGCGGCAUUGCUGUAUUGGGAUUCAUCUAUCAAAUUGCCUUCAUGCCUGAGACGAAGAAUAUGACGCUCGAGGAGAUUGAUAUAGUGUUCUCUAAGCCCACUAGACAGCUCGUGCGGGAGAAUCUGUCUAGUACGGGCAAAACAGUCAAGAACCUGUGUAUGUUCCGCUUCCGCGAGGCUUUUCACAACGUGGGUACGCAGAGGGCGCGGCUGGAGGAUGAAGUGCAAGUCCAGCCUGGUCUAUCGAUCAACCGAUAA